GCAAUUGCCUUGUGAAAGGCCUCAUAAGGACGGGCGAUUUCUCGACGGCCUCGUUCCCAGCCUAGAGAGAAACUAGAGAGAGAGAAGCUAGAGAGAAAAAGUCCCAGAGCUUCUUCAAUCUCAGGUUUUGGAACAAUGGGUGCCGGUGGCCGAAUGUCAGUUCCCCUAGCCGCAAAAAACUCAGAAAUUGACAGCCUCAAGCGAGUCCCCUACUCAAAGCCCCCAUUCACACUUAGCCAAAUCAAGAAAGCCAUCCCACCCCAUUGCUUCAAACGCUCUGUCGUACACUCAUUCUUUUAUGUCGUUUACGACCUCACCAUUGCCUUCAUCUUCUACUACAUCGUCACCAAUUACAUUCCCCAACUGCCUCACCCUCUCCCUUACCUGGCCUGGCCCAUUUACGGCUUCAUCCAAGGUUGUGUCCUCACCGGUGUUUGGGUCAUAGCCCUCGAAUGUGGGCACCACGCCUUUAGUGACUACCAAUGGCUUGACGACACCGUGGGCCUAAUCCUCCACUCUUCUCUUCUAGUCCCUUACUUUUCAUGGAAAUACAGCCACCGCCGUCACCAUUCAAACACAGGCUCUCUUGAGCGUGAUGAAGUCUUUGUCCCCAAGCAAAAGUCUAGCAUAAGAUGGUACUCCAAAUAUCUCAACAACCCACUUGGCAGAUUUCUCACCCUCACUAUCACACUCACUCUAGGAUGGCCUUUGUACCUGCUAUUCAACGUUUCAGGCAGACCUUAUGAUCGUUUUGCAUGCCACUUUGACCCUUAUGGCCCCAUCUACUCGGACCGUGAGAGGCUACAGAUUUACAUCUCAGACACCGGCAUUCUCGCCGUCUGCUACGGACUUUACCGCCUCACCAUGGUGAAAGGGCUUGCUUGGGUUGUGUGUGUUUAUGGAGUGCCAUUGUUGGUGGUGAAUGGCUUUCUGGUGUUGAUCACUUUCUUGCAGCACACUCACCCUUCGUUGCCUCAUUACGAUUCUUCCGAAUGGGACUGGUUGAGAGGAGCCUUGGCCACUGUGGACAGAGACUAUGGGGUGUUGAACAAGGUUUUCCAUAACAUCACGGACACUCAUGUGGCUCACCAUUUGUUCUCAACUAUGCCGCAUUACCAUGCCAUGGAGGCCACCAAGGCGAUCAAGCCGAUACUCGGAGAUUACUAUCAGUUCGAUGGGACGCCGGUGUACAAAGCAAUGUUUAGGGAGACCAAGGAGUGUGUCUUUGUUGAGCCCGAUGAAAGUGAUGAGAAAGGCGUCUUCUGGUACAAGAAGUUCUGAUUUGAUGAUUGAUAAGAGACCAUAUAUGUAUGUCAAAAUUUCAGGUUGGGAAGUGUUCUAAUUAGAUCUUCUUCUUCCCUUUUUUAGGUUUGUUUCCGUUGCUUGGAAACCUCCAGUCUUAGUUUUGCUUCUUACCUAGUUUAUGUCACCAAAAGGAGAAAAAACAAUUCUAAAAAAGUUGAAAAAAAAAAACCCUAAAAACUAAAGUAUAGUUUGAGGUCUAGCUUGUUCCUUGGGAGAAAGGUGGCACCUUUGAUAGUAAUAAAAUCAAUGGUUUUGAAAAGUGGUGGCUGCCUACGCUUUGCUCAUUGAAAAUAAGCUUUUUAAGGAGUGUUGGGUAGUUAUUUCUAUGUUUCCACUAUCGUCAAUGGCAGUUUAUUUAUUUU